AUGAACGUCCAAGCAAAGAAAAACAGAAAGAUCUCAUGUGUCCACUGCCGAAAACUCAAACGCAAGUGUGACGGCGAACUGCCGUGUCUGAACUGCCAGAAGCGAAACAUUGUCUGUGAAUACUCCCCAACGGACAGACGCAGCCAGCGGUUCUCCUUGGUGUACAUUAAGUCCUUGGAAACGAAUGCUGAAAUCUACGAAAACAUUCUUAACGAGUUGGUGCUGUUGCGUGGCGACAAGGACGCCUUGGCAGCCAAAUUGUCUUCUUUGGAAUCGACUUUCCCUGUCACGGCUCUGCCCAAACCAUUGCACCAGUUGCUGGAAGAAAUGGCCUCCAUCCAGCUGAGUGAGGUUAGCGUCGAAAACGAACGUGCCCAUCUUGAUGACGAAGAAAACUACUACGGCCCAGGAUCCAUCUACCAUUUCGGCGAGUACACCACGCCCGAACUGCUGAAAGGGCUGCCGCCAGAACAAGUCCUCACUGGCUUGGAAACGGUGCACACUAACUACGACUUCAUCAAGAGCGUGGUGGUCAAUUUCUUCACCCACCAGUGGCCGCUGCUGAACUCCUACUAUCUCGAUAAAAGCGCUAUUUUGGCAGACCUUCACAAGGGCAACGUUUUUAAUAGCCCUCACGUUUCGGAGGAACUUCUUUAUGCAAUUUGUGCCAACUCCGAACUGCUUUCUUACGAGGCUGCCGAUGCGUACAAGCUUUUGGCGUUGAGCAAGGUAUAUCCCACGGAGGUGAAGCUGCUGAUACCGUUGGCGCAAGCUUACAUGCUUUUGGCAGCUCAUGAGUUCUCUCUCGGCAAGGUGACUAGUGGCUGGCAGCUUUCUGGGUCAGCUAUGCGAAUGGGCUUUGAUUUGGGCUUCCACCACAAUGACGGGCCUGAUUUAUGUCCCAGAAAGAACCGUCUUUUAUUUGGCUUCAUGCUCAUUGACUCAUACAUUUGCAUGGCAGUCGGAAGGCCGAACACCAUCACACAGAACAAUGUGCCCGUUACGCGAUUGCCUGAAGAAGACGAUGCCAACUUUCACAAUAUUCGUGAUAUUGUGCUGCUAUUGGAACUCACAAGACCAAUGCAUAAGGCUACUUACGAACCAAUCCUGUUCAACAAAGACCCCCGAAUCAACUACUUGUUGAAAUUCAACCGGUCCAAGAUGUUUAAUGUGAAGAUCUUGAAGUGGAAGUCGGAUCUUGAUCCUGCUUCUCACUGGCUGUACGCACUGCUCAAAGCGCUGGACGAUUUGGCAUAUCAAAAUCAUAACCUCAAGUUCUUGUACUGGUAUAUCCUUCUUUUUAUCAACAAGCCUUUCUUGCAUGUUCCACGCCAGUACUCUGCGGGCUAUAUCAUCGAGGAAAUGUCCAAGGAGGUGCAUUUGAUUGUCUGCCUGCGUCUUGAGCGUAUGGAAAGAGAGGCGAGAGCUCAGCAGCUUCACCCUCUCGAAUUAAUGAAGUUCGUGCGUUAUGAACAAUCUGAUCCGUACCACUGGGCUACCUUGGAUAUCUGUAUGAUUACGCUCUUGUCACAUGUUGUGGUCACUUUGAUUAUGGAUCACCCUAACAGCUACUUGUACAUGGAGAAGCAUUUGAAGGCUUACACAAGAUACCUCAAUGGUGUGAGUGCCAGAAAGUACAAGUGUAAGUUCAACGCUAUGGAGCGUCUCUUGGAAAGAUACAAUGAAUGGAGAUCUUCUCGCACAGAUUUACCUGCGGUGAAACUGGCUCCAUCAGAGGAAGCCUACGAGAUGAAGCAACUCAAGGAAAGUAUAGACGAAGCAUCACCACAUUCUCUUCUGACAGGUUCAGAACACGCAGAGACCCCAGGUUCAGCCUACGGCAUCACUUCGGGAAGUGAUUCUAAUCUGCCCUUUGAUAAGAAGGUCAAGAACGAAAGCAGACCCGACUAUGUUGAUCCCAACCAGAACCUUGCUCCGCCUCCACCUUUCCAAGCUCCUCCAUAUCAACAACAGCCUCCACUUCAAAUGAUGGAGCGGGUUCAGUUUGACAAUGCGCAGAUGGGACCACCCUUUUUCCAACCACCUGCCCAUGGAUUUGGACCUUUUGGCAUGCCACAAGGCCCCAUGCAUCACCAAGCUCCGCCACACAAUAUGCCAGCUCCAGAAUCUCAUCCACCAAGACCACCUAAUCAACCGCACCCACAGCACAAUCCUCCACAAGUGACACCCAUGACGUAUGGCCAGAUGCCACCCCAGGUUGGUGAGGUUCAAAGCACGCCACAUGGCGCAUAUAGCGUGCCACAGUCGAUCCCUACCAUGUCUGGUGAGCCGUCACUUGCAUCUGUGCCUCUGUACCAGGGUACCAUAAUAGACAAGGAAACGUCAGAUCUGCAGAGCAAUAGAUUCACAAGCAGAAGUUCUGUUCCUUCUCAAUUUGAGAAUUACACCAUGGGUGACGCUUUACCACAAGAAGGUAACUUGCAACAGAACAUCAAUUUUUACGAGGCCAUGACCCAGCCAUUACCAGACACGCUUGGCUUCAACGAGUUUCAAACAGACCGCCCAUCAUCUAGCGAUAAUAUUGGUCAAAUGAUGAAUACUUUGUUCAGCAACACAGGAGAAGAGUUUGAGGCCCCCACGGAUCAGUUUAAUUGGGAUAAGCUUUUCGACGAGAAGUACGCUGUUGCAUAG